AUGUCCGACUCGGUCGAAUCAGAAUGGUCCAGUUCCUUCCGGCCUGGGCGUACUUCGUCAUUUCUCCCCUGCAAAUCUGAAUGCCUUCCUGGCGAUUCUUCCGCUGCAACCCUCCGGAACACUGACGCGCAAGCCGACCCGUCGGUCAGUCAACAUGCCCGUGGACCGCAGAAUACUGCAGUCGAUCGAUUGGUGAAGCUCAAGCAAGAGCUCCGCGGCUUAGAUACGGAAUCGUUCUGGGCCCGGCUCAUGGAACAACUUGCUUCGCUCUGCAAUUCCCAGUACGCCUUUGUGGCCCGGAAGGUUCGCGAUACAGAGGCCGCAAAGGAUGUGGAGGGUCGAAGUCCCUCCUUGCACGGCACUGCGUUUUACUACAACGAUGGACACCAAACGGUGGGAAUGUACAGGAACCGAUCGUUCGCAGGGGGCAACCCGCAAUUCCAUAUGGACCACGGAAAGGCCUGCUUGAUCCCCGAAAACUUGGGGUCGUUUGUCUCAUUCGACCAAGACAAGCUCCCGUUUGCUGCGGAGGGCUAUCUGGCAGUCCCACUGUUUUCGGAAACUAAGUGUGCGGCCUACCUUGGGCUUAUGUGGUCUGGACCCGGCUUGCAGAAACGAACCCUCUCCUGGCAAUUUCUUGAAAUGAUUCUCCAUUCCUUGGAAGAUCUGAUCGUUAAGCGAAUUGCCGACGAAGCGGGCGAUGCAAAACCUGAUCGACCUACCAGGGAGGCCAGUACUGUUUCCACUGGCCAGAAGGUCGUUGACGACACACAUAUCAACCUCGUGCAGGGACAUGUUGAUUUCUCUUCUCAUGCCCUGAAGCCGUAUGCUCGAAGCUUGUCCCACGAGCUACGAACUCCGAUGCAGGGAAUUGUUGGAAUGCUAGAUGUCAUGCAUGCCACGGUCCGCGAAGCUAUCCUGGGAAAGCCGCCUCCUACAACGGGAGGUGUCUUCCAGGCUUUGAAAGAAAGCAUCGAGAUGGUUCAAGACAGUGCUAGACGGGCGGUCGAGGCUGCCGAUAAUGUGGUCCAUGCCUACGAUCUGAAUAUGCAGGUGCCAAAAACCCCCCAGUUUGAGCGCGAAAACGACUGCUUCGGCGGGCCCGUCCAGUCGCCAGUCAAUGCGCCCGAAACCCGCCCAAAUAUCUUCAUUGAAGGCAGCAACAUCACAAUCAACCCGUACAAACGGCGACGGAGCAAUCCUAUCGACAAUAAUGCUGGGUCGGCUUUGAAACACAAAGUCCCGCGUGUCUUGGGCCCGAAAGGGCUGUCUCCUCGGAGUGAAGAGGUCAAGAAUGCGGUUCACGAAAGCGACAAGAUCAUCCAAGCGACCCCGGUCCAUCAAAUCGAGGCAGUCAUGGCGAGCAUGGUGGAGUCGCGUCCAUCAUUGGCGGCGCGGCGCUCGGCGUCCCACCUCAUGUUGGAAGGAAUCAAUCUCAACAGUCGGGGGCCGGCGGUGCGAUCUACCAAGAUUCGCGAUCUACUUCGACUGGUCAUCAACGAAUCUUUACACGUUGGGGGUCGGCCCGAUUUCGCCGUGACGAAUGCCACUGAACUCGGCGAAAAGAUCGAAGUUCUGUCGCGGUCUUCCGGUGGGGAGACCUUCUCCAAAACAAUAGAUUGGACCGUGGAUGCAGCCUUACCAGAUACGCUAUACGUCGACGACCGGGAUCUUGCCAAGUUGAUCUCCUGUGUGUUUUUAAACGCCGUUAAGUUCACCAACAGUGGUGCGAUUACGGUACAUGCGAAAGUUGGUCGAAAAGCCAACGAUAUCAUGAUCAGUGUGCAGGAUACUGGGUCCGGUAUCCCGGAGGCCUUUCUACCCAAGCUAUUCAAGCCGUUCGCUCGACAGGACGCAUCGACGACCAGGAGCAAAGACGGCCUUGGACUUGGACUUCUAGUAGCCAAGGGCCUUGCACGCAAGAUGGGUGGCGAUCUGAUCUGUGUUCGCUCCUCGACAUCUGGGCCUGACCGUGGGUCGGAGUUUGAGAUAAGAAUCCCGAUCUGUCAGUCUGAACCCUCUGCCAGGCAUUUUUCGCCUGCCACGAGACUUUUGACCCCUCCCCAGCUCUGCGAUCCGUCGAGAUUGAGCAGCGGGAAUAAUGCGACUUUUGAACCGUUGAUCGCUCCUUCGCCCCUGCCAGCCCAACAACCGAUCCAACAGCCAUCACCCAGCCUCACGGACGAGUCAUCGCAUGCGUCCACUCCUGCUCGCUCGGUGCCUGCCGCCAAAACCUCGCAGGGCCCUAUAAGUGGAGGCGCGUACGAUAGCAAACUAGGCGAAAAACAUCCGCUCACCGUCCUCGUUGCAGAAGACAACAAAAUCAAUCGGCGCGUACUUGUGAACAUGCUGAAAAGACUCGGGUACAAAGACGUCUACGAAGCAUGCAACGGGAAAGAGGCCGUAAGGAUCAUGCAGAACAUCAUGGCGUCACAGCGGUCUGCAGAGACUCCUACUGGGAACCAGCCGCAACUGCCGAAAGGCGUGGGUGAUGCUGGAAACCCGCCAGUCCCUGAUUCCUCCUGUCAUCCCAAAAAGUUGAAACCAGUGGAUGUUAUCUUGAUGGAUCUUUGGAUGCCAGAAAUGGAUGGGUACCAGGCUACCUCGAGGAUCUUCCAACUGUUCGAUGAAUACCACGGUCAAACCAUGCCAAGUCCCCAGCCUGGUCGGGCAGCCAGCGGUUCCGCGCCUUCGUCUCCCACGGUGCUCGCCGUGAGCGCCGACGUUACCGACGAAGCACUGGCGCGUGCGUCCAAGGUUGGCAUGAAAGGCUACAUGACCAAGCCAUAUAAAUUGACCGACCUGGAACGAUUGAUUAAGGGAUUCUGCAGUAACCCACCGCCGCCCUUUGAUCAAUCCACGAACUCAUGA